GAAUGCUCCUCCUCCUCCUCCUCCUGCUCCGUCUCCUCCCACUGUGCUCUCCUUUAAAAACAAAGUGUUUACCUUUCAUCCAACACUCACUCUCUCUCACACACGGUCACAGCAUGUUCGCACAGCCUCAGUGACGGACUGUAAAUCAUAGCCAGCGGGUGUAACGUGUCCUCCGGACGGUCAAACGUGACCCGCGACACUGCGGAUUAUCUCUGCGCUGCACGGACACACCGAGUUUGGCGCUGUGGAGUUAAUACACACGAACGGAUCUUUAAAAAGCGCCGCUGUUGUUGCAACAAAACGGAUGACAGUGUGGUGGUCAGAGAUGGGAGAGGGUUUGGGGCCACUCUCCCCUGUAGGAUGGUAGCCGACAGCCCAGUGGAAGGUCAUGACAAGACACCCUUGUCCGGCUCAUCAUCAUCAGCGUCAUCCUCUUCAUCAGCGUCAUCCUCCUCCUCCUCCUUCUCCUCCUCCUCGUCCUUGUCUUCGUCGUCGUCCCUGUCGUCGCUCCGCGCAGAGACCGAGCCGCUUCCGCCUCAGGCUUCUCCAGAGCCGGGUCCGAGACUAGCGUCCGUCCUGUCUGUGUAUCGGACUCACUUCCCCACCUUCACUUGCAAGGAGGACUGCAAAAUCAUCACAGACACCGCUGCUAAGCUCGAGCACAGUGGCUUCUACUGGGGCCCCCUGGGUGUAGAGGAUGCCCACCGCAUGCUGCGGGACGCACCACUGGGCAGCUUCCUCAUCCGCGACAGUCGGCAGAAGGACGUCUUCUUCACUCUGUCCUACCACGCCAAGAGCGGGCCGGUCAGCGUGCGCCUCGACUAUAAGCAGCAAAAGUUCUCAUUGGCAGGCAACGCGCGCUCCUUCCCGACGCUAUUCGCCCUGCUGGAGCAUUACAUCAACUCCCCCAAAAAGAGCCUUAGUGUCCCGUACAGGAAAUGGAAGCCAACGUUGCAGGAACUGUGCAGGAAGCGCAUCAUGGAGCUGUGCAGUGGUGGAAGCAAGGUUUCAGAGCUGCCGGUCACGCACGUCGUCCACGGCUUCCUCUCGGACUUCCCGUACAAACUAUGAUCGGCUUGCCGUGUAAAGUUCUGACAGUACUGUUUCUUAUUUCAAGAAGUCCCAGUUCACUGGAGCCGUGGCUUAAACCUGUCCAUGAUGGGACGCAGGUUAAGACUGCAGUCGUGUGGCUACAUCAUAAAUC